AGUUUUGCAUCCCAUAUCUUUUACAUUUCCACCUCUUCUAACUAGUUCGCCGGCAAGAAACCAACCGCCAUGUCGGAGGAGAAGCACCACCGCCACCACUUUGGCCACCGCAAAGACGAUGAAGAGGAGAACAGACAGCCUUCCUAUCCGGACAGGACGACAGCCUACGGCGAUGAUAUAAACAAUAACGACACUUAUGGCGCUUAUGAGAAGCCCUAUGGACAACAAACUGCCGCCGCCUACGGAGGAGAUGAUGACUCCUCUUACAAUUAUGAGAAGAAAACCACCACUGAGUAUGGGUAUGGUCAAGACUCGUACGGCGGCGGUCAACAAGCUGCUGACUAUGAUGACGACAAGCCUGCCGGGAGAAGCCAUGAGGAUUUCGAAAAGGAGAAAAAACACCACAAGCAUCUUGAGCAGAUUGGUGAGCUUGGCACCGCCGCCGCCGGUGCCUACGCCUUGUAUGAGAAGCACGAGGCAAAGAAAGAUCCGGAGCACGCGCACCGACACAAGAUAGAAGAAGAGGUCGCUGCGGCGGCUGCCGUCGGCUCUGGUGGGUUUGCGUUCCAUGAGCACCACGAGAAGAAGGAAGCCAAGGAAGAGGAAGAAGAGGCUGAGGGACACAAGAAGAAGCACCACUUCUUUUAAUGGAUUAAUAAACGUUUUGAAAUUCCAAAAUAGGAGUAUCCUGUUUUUUUCCUGAAUAGGAGUAAAUUUCUACCAAGUUUGACAUUACAAGGCUCUAAACAUGGCUUUUCAAACUUGCCACAUUACUCGUAUUCAGGAAACAAAAAACAUGAUACUCUUAUUUUGAAAUUUCAAAAUGUUUUUACUCCUAUUUAGGAUAAUUUCUGUUAAUAAUUUACUACACGUAUUUGCAAUUACGUAAUUUACUUUGGAUCGUAUCUGCCAUCUGCAUCUUGUACGUUUAUUUUGUGUACCACUGCCUAUAUAUUUAUACAGUCCGUACGUGUGUGAAUAAUGGCCACCCCAUUAAUUUGGUCUUGUCAGUACUUUGAUGUAAGAGCUUUUAUACGCUGUUUUAUUCAAUAAAUUAUACUCCAUAUGUCUGAUGUUAUUUUAAGGACCGUAUGUACUAUGUCUGAUGUUGAAUUACGUAACACGUAUUCCAAUGUUUUUACUUGGACCGUAAUUUUUAUCUGGUCUGAUCUGAUAAAUAUUUGAUUUCUGUAUAUUUUAUAACUAUCCAAA